AUGAGUCACCCUGUGGAAGAUCUCGUGCAAGCACAGCACGACUUGUUCGGGUUGCUUUCGCGAUCGUAUGAGAAUAUGAAGAAAGCAGGAGAAGCUAAUAUCACACUCGGACUAUUGGAAGCCCGCCUCCAGACGUUGGAAGGUUAUUGGAGUAAGUUCGUGACACGUCAUGAGCAGUUGCUCAUGGAGUACGGAGACGACCUUGAGGAGCACGAGUAUGUGACAGACGACUUGAUGCUCAAGGCGGACAUUUCUUAUCACACGCAGAAGGGCAAGUAUCUGGACGACAUGCGCGCAAUAACUAGUCCGGGCAAAGCGGCGGUCGCCGCGCCCGAUGCUGCCGUCGCAGCAGCCGCUCCCGCCGUCGCGGUGGCGGCUCCCGUCGCUACGAAGUUGCCUCGCAUUUCCAUACCUCAGUUUUCCGGACGGUAUGAAGACUGGCCAGCCUUUCGCGACCUCUUCACUUCUCUAGUAGUCCGAAACCCGUCCGCCUCGUCGGUGGAGAAGCUGCACUAUUUGAAAACGAGCUUGAAGGGGGAAGCAGAACAGGUGACUCGACAACUGCCAACAACGGACGCUAACUUUGAGCGUACCUGGUGUGCCCUGGUCGAUCACUAUGAGAACAGGAGGCUCCUGGUGCGGUCCUACAUCUCCAGGCUGUUAUCACUGACUAAGAUGAAAGGUGAGUCUGCUGCCGAGUUACGCAAAAUCUAUCAUUGCGUGCAGACUACCUUAGGCUCAUUGGAGGGGGUCCGUCGACCCUUGGCGCGGAGUGACGAUCUUUGCGUGCAACUAUUCACGGAACUUCUUGACACGGUGUCGCGGCGCGAGUGGGAGACGCAGCUCAGCCGGACGACGGAACCGCCGUCUCUCGAUGAGUUGCUUGUUUUCAUUAAUCAACGGAUGCGUACCCUCGAGUCUCUUGCACCCGCGAAGAGCGAAACAAACGCUUCCAAGGGCAGUUCGAGUUCUACCCGGUCGAGGACCGCGUUGCAGGUCCGUAAGCAGGACAGUCAGCGAGGCCGCUGCUUCCUAUGCAAUGGAGGCAUAAGUUAUCCGAAUGCCCGUCGCGGAAAACAUGCUUAUCGUGCAGCGAGCGUCACCACUCGACGUUGCAUGACGCCUUCGUCGCCGUCGCUGCGGUCACGGUUCACGCCACAACACCGAGACCAGCUGCUGCUGUCGCCACGCUUGUGA